AUGACGGAAACAACACGAGACGUUCAUCGGAAUUAUGAGCCAGCACCGGAUCCAGAGGCACUCACAGGACGCCCGGACGGAGGCAACGAUGUCGAAAAGAACGUCGACUACGAACCACAUCCCGAGAAGUCUCUGCAGGUAUCCGCUGAGCACCAAGCGAUCAUCAAUGGCAUCACGAACCUCUACGACGGGAGUUGCUCGGAGGAGGACAUGAAGGUGUAUGCGGAGAAGGCCAUCUAUGACGACCCCUGGAGCUACUGCGACACUCGCUACAAGAUCGCAGGACAGUGGUGGGGUCUCCCUGUGGUAUUCGCUAAGCUGCAGACGCACAAGACGGAAGUUGUCCUUGACAACGACAAUGAGAUCGUCUUCAAGAUGCAGCAUGAGUAUACGCUCAAACCCAGCGCUCUGCAUCUUUCGAAAGUGGUGAACAGUCUUGUCUGUUUGGGUCUGGACGAGAAUGGCAAGGUGAAGUACCACAAAGAGAAAUGGAAUGAAAAGGACUACAGCCAUGAAGGCUUGGGCAAAGCGAUGAAGACGUUGAACGGCGACCAGUUGACGCACAUCACGAAACCGCCGGAGUGGCUGUGA